UUUAAACUAUCUUUAUCCAAGUCUUCACCUCACUUGCUAGAGAGACCAACCCACUUCCUUCCUCUCUGCUUAAACCCUCCAUCAGGGUGAUGGAGCCACAGCGGGGCUUGGAAUAAAGGUGUACAGAGAACAGAGGGAUUGAGGCUUCCUAUCGGGGUGAUGGGCAGAGGAACCCAGGAAUCGAGAACCAGCUGUUCUCGAUCUUGGUUUUCCCCACUUCUUUGGGCCAGUUGGAGCAUCUCAGCUCCUAUAGUGCCCGCCCCCUUGUUUGCCGCCCUCAACUUCCUGCCCCACCAGAGGAAGUGGGGAGAGCCAUCAGGUGCAGCAACAGCUAUCGGGGCCAUGGACAAGGAGUAUGUGGGGUUUGCCGCCCUCCCCAACCAGCUGCAUCGCAAGUCUGUCAAGAAGGGGUUUGACUUCACACUCAUGGUGGCAGGGGAGUCAGGCCUGGGAAAAUCUACCCUCAUCAACAGCCUAUUUCUCACCAACCUCUAUGAGGAUCGGCAAAUACCAGAAGCCAGUGCUCGCUUGACGCAAACGCUGACCAUCGAGCGCCGGGGCGUGGAGAUCGAGGAGGGGGGUAUUAAGGUGAAGCUGACUGUGGUGGACACACCUGGCUUUGGGGACUCAGUGGACUGUUCAGACUGCUGGCUGCCUGUGGUGCGCUUCAUCGAGGAGCAGUUUGAGCAGUAUCUUCGGGAUGAGAGUGGCCUGAACAGGAAGAACAUCCAGGAUUCCCGCGUCCAUUGCUGCCUCUACUUCAUCUCACCCUUUGGCCGGGGGCUCCGUCCCCUAGAUGUGGCCUUUCUCCGGGCGGUGCACGAGAAGGUCAACAUCAUCCCAGUUAUUGGCAAAGCAGAUGCCCUGAUGCCGAAGGAAACACAGGCCCUCAAACAGAAGAUCCGGGAACAGUUGAAGGAGGAAGAGAUCAAUAUCUACCAGUUCCCCGAAUGUGACUCUGAUGAGGAUGAAGACUUCAAGAGGCAGGAUGCAGAGAUGAAGGUACAGAGGCAAAGCAGGACGGGACUGAGAAGCCAGGGGAGGCGGAUGUGGAGGUGGGAGCUGAGAAAGGUUUCUGUCCACCGGGCGGCGAGAGGAUGGAGAUCGCUGACUCCUCCCCUCCAGGAAAGUAUCCCUUUUGCGGUCGUCGGUUCCUGCGAAGUAGUGCGGGACGGCGGACCCCGACCGGUGAGGGGACGCCACUACUCCUGGGGCACUGUAGAGGUGGAGAACCCACAUCACUGCGAUUUCCUGAACCUGCGACGGAUGCUCGUGCAGACACACUUGCAGGACCUGAAGGAGGUGACACACGACCUGCUCUACGAGGGCUACCGGGCCCGCUGCCUACAGAGCCUGGCCCGGCCUGGGGCGCGGGAUCGAGCCAGCCGUAGUAAGCUUUCCCGCCAGAGCGCUACAGAGAUCCCGCUGCCCAUGCUUCCUCUGGCCGAUACGGAGAAGUUGAUCCGCGAGAAAGACGAAGAGCUGCGCCGCAUGCAAGAGAUGUUGGAGAAGAUGCAGGCCCAGAUGCAGCUGAGCCAGGCUCAAGGCGAGCAGUCGGACGCUCUCUGAGGCCCCCAUCGGGGUUUUCCUUACCUCGCCUCUGCCUUCGGUUCGUCUCUUGUCCAAUCCCUGAGGCUCAGGCUGCCAGGCGCCUAAUCCCGGAGCCCCAGCCUGUAAGGCCCGCCCUUCUAAGGGGCGGGCUCUCAGGAUCUCCCAAUCCUGGAAUUUGUAGCCCCGCCUUUGGCUCCGCCCCAGUUCACUUCUGGAGCGCGACCUCCUCUCCUAACCCUGAACACCUCCAUCCCCUCCCCACUUCUCCCAAUCUUGACUUCAAUAAAAACUGAGUUUCUCUGA